GUGGACUCGUCCUAACACUGCCAUGUUGGAUGGAACUGGCGCUGGGCUCUCUGGCGGCCGGACUUCCCAGGAAAGUUUUUGCCGUUUUCCGUGUUCACUCGGUUGCUCCAGUUUUGACCUUAUUUUGUGGAGGAGGGGGACCUCGCACUACAUUCCUGAGCGGCAUAUUUUUUUUGUUUCUGCAGUCUUGCCAACCCCCGGGAUAAAGUGAACCGGUGUGCGGGGUCGGAGCCAGGCCACGGAUGACCGAGGGAUUGUUUAUGUAUCUUUUUGGAUCUCGUAACGAGUUAGAGUCCGUAUAUACUUUAUAAACUGAUCGCCAAUAAUGAGUGGACACCCGCCGCCACGGCGGCAAACAAAUGUCGGCUCGACAUUACUGUCUUCGCAGGAGAAUGAAUGUCUUUUCAACCACCUCGGCAGGAAAUGCAUCACAUUGUCUUCAGGCGUGGUCCAGGUAUUCACAGCAGAUAGGAGCUCCAGCUGGAACAAGAAAUGCUGCGGGGUGGCCUGUUUGGUUAAAGACAACCCCCAACGAUCCUACUUCAUCAGGGUCUUUGACAUCAGGGAUGGGAAGGUGAUGUAUGAACAGGAACUGUACAACAACUUUAACAUUAGUGUCCCCAAACCGUACUUCAUCACAUUUGCUGGAGAUACAUGCCAAGUGGGUCUGAACUUUUCCAGUGAAGAAGAGUGCAAGCGUUUCCGGAACUCUGCGGGAGAGCUAAUGGGGAGAAAACAGAGGAAAACCGAGAAGAGACGCGACCCUGCAAAUGGACCCGCAUUGCCCAUGGCGACUGUCGAUAUCAAAAACCCAGAGAUCAACAGUGUUCAGCGUUAUCACAACAAUUCUCAGAUGAACAACAUUGUGCACUCUUCCUUUCCCAAGAGGGAGAAAAAAGUCAAAGGGGGGAAGAAGAAGAAGUUGACAAAGGCAGACAUCGGCACACCGAGCAACUUCCAGCACAUUGGACAUGUAGGAUGGGAUCCAAACACAGGCUUUGAUCUGAAUAACUUGGACCCAGAGCUGAAAAACCUGUUUGAUAUGUGUGGCAUUUCUGAGGCUCAGCUAAAGGAUAAAGAGACCUCUAAGGUCAUCUAUGAUUUCAUCGAGAAGAACGGAGGUGUAGAUGCUGUCAAAGAUGAGCUGCGGAAACAAGCACCUCCACCUCCACCUCCAUCCAGAGGCGGCCCUCCUCCCCCCCCACAUCACGGUUCCGCCCCUCCCCCACCACCACCUCCCCAACGGGGACGAGGUGCCCCUCCACCUCCUCCGUCCAGAGUUCCCGUCUCUGCACCCCCGCCUCCCCCUCCAUCACGGCCAGGCAUGUCUGCUCCACCGCCGCCUCCUCCCAGCCGCGGCCCACUCCCGCCUCCCCCUCCACCGGCCUGCAUCCCUUCCCGCCGCACCUCCCCACCACCCCCACCUCCCCCCUCAUCCGGCACUGGCGCACCUCCUCCUCCUCCUCCUCCACCCCCACCUCCUCCUGGCCCUACCCCUCCUGGCCCUCCACCCCCAGCUCCUCCGCUCGCCACAGAAGCUAACGGAGGGGACAGCAGCCUGCCGGCAUCCGGAAACAAGUCGGCGCUACUGAGUCAGAUCAGAGAUGGAACCCAGCUCAAAAAGGUGGAGCAGAAAGAGAGGCCAGCAUCCAACGUGGGCAGAGACGCGCUUCUGGACCAAAUCCGACAAGGAAUCCAACUUAAAACUAGGGACGAUAAUAAUGACUCAGCACCUGCCACACCAGCCCCAUCAUCAGGCAUUGUUGGGGCCCUCAUGGAGGUGAUGGAGAAAAGGAAAAGGGCUAUUCACUCUUCAGAUGAGGAUGAUGAUGAUGAAGAUGAUGAAGACUUUGAGGAGGAGGAUGAGUGGGAUGACUAGUGUUUUUGUUUUUUUUUGUUUUUCUCCCCUUCCCAAACCCCCCCUCCUCAAUUCCCAAACCGAAUGAUCACAACACUAAAAUUGUAUUUGGAAAAAGAAAUCGUUAAUUUCAAAAUUAUUAAUGUAAAUGUUCUAUUGAUUUGCUGUAUAUUUUUUGUUGCCUUCAUGCCUUUUUAUUAAUCUGUGCAAUACCUCAUUUAAUCUGUAAAUGUUUGUCAUUGUCAUCUUCGGUCGUCGGCCCUUCAUCUUCUCCCUUUACGCCUUAUUGGCUGGAUCUGUCUCUUGAUAGCAAUAUGUCUCAUCUCUCAUUUUAAGUGUCCCCCCGUUCACAUCACUCCCUCAUCUGUCACUCAGGCAUCUUUCAUAUCUGCUGCCUCCCAUAGCACACGUUCCCAGUCCUCAGUUUAACGUGCAAUUUUAUAUCAAUUUGUCUUUCAAACUUCAGAGUUAAAUGUAGUUUUGGGGUGGUGGCUUACAAAACAGGUCACCACAGAUCUUUUGAUUAGUCGUAUCAUCGUUGUUCAUUAGGAGGGAAAAGAAUUAACUAUUUUCAUACCCUACUGCUCUGUAGUUUAUUUUUACGUAUUCAAAUGAUCCUAGUUUAGCACUCAUAUUUUCUUAAAACAAAGAGGAUUUUUGGAAUAUUUAGCUUCAUUUGUUGUGGACUGUAAAUUUUCUCCAGAGUUUGAGUCUUGUUAUAUUUUUGCACAGAUUAAAAAGAGGAGACUCGCUGCAUGAAUACAGGACAUUUUUCAGGUCUGCUUCAUUAUGGAAAUUACAUACGCUUUAGGUAAUGAGACAGAAAUACACCUGAACAUGAAGCUUUUUUAUUUCAUUUGUUUUUAAACACACAACACUACAUAGAGUACAUGAAUGGAGGUAGCCUACAGUGUUAUGGCAGGCUAUCUGUUGUGAUUUUUAGGGUUUUUUGGGUGGGUUUUUUUUGUCAUCGACACACUAAAGAUUCAGCUGAAUCUGUUUUCUGUUUUUUACAAUAGCAAGCAGAGUAUUAAUAAAUGCCUGUUUGUUGAAAUCAGGUCAUUCAUCAUGUAAAACUUGUGGAAUAAAGACAUUUUAGUUUUCAUACCUGAUGCUUAUCAUGGGUCCAUAUGCAAAGUUACUGUGCAGAAACACCAGGGCUAACAUGUACUUCCUGCUAUAGGAAGAAAUGCAUUCAUGGCAUUCUUCUAACAAGUAUCAUUAUUUUAGCUAAUUGUAAAUCAUGAGGUGUACCAUAGGAAUCACUUCCAUAAAGAACUCGGUGGUUAACAGUUCUCUACAAAGACUAAAGAUUCAAGCUGUCAUUUGAUCUGAACUAAAAAAGGAAAACGGUUAAGUUUAACAGUUUUCUUUAAUGUUAAAUAGGACAAAAUACUUCAGUCACAACUAGUUAAAAGUCUGCUUAAUUGUUAGAGAACUGUAAUUUCCACGGUUGUGCAAAUUCCUUCUAACCCGUUUGUCUCUAAAGUGAUAUUGUAUAACGUAACUUUUGCUAAACAGCAGUUGAUAAGUUUUCCUUUAGUGCUUUCUGUCUGAAAGGUUCUGCAAGAUAUGGUCAAAGGUAUACGUCAGCACAAACCAUCUUUUCCUGAAUGUAUGGAAUAGCUCGCUUAUUUCCUACAAAUGUAGGUCUUAAUUACAGUUUGAGUAUGUUAAAAUUUCAACUUUGUAACUCUAAGUUUCAAGUUGGGUCUGUCAAAAUUUUGAUUUAAAUAUAUCUUAAAAUUUCAAGGUUUUUUUUUUUUUUUUGCAUUGGCAGAAAAUGGUUUUAAAAGCUAAACAAAAUUAUGACAGAAAAUGGAAAAUAAAGAAGUAACCCUGACGGCAAAACACUUCUUCUAGUGAGCAUUGGACACAAAUGACAGUUAUUGGUAAAUCCUGUAUUAUAAAAUUAGCUCUAACAGCAGCCAUAAAUGGAAAAUGUUAACAUUUAUCAUAAAGUUUUCUGUUAUUGUUGGCUAACAUUAGCCAUUAGCAUAUGUUUAUAGCACACAUUAAACCCUUGGCCUCAAAAAUAGAGAUAACCUGACUUCCAACCUGUACGUAAUCAGUGAAGCGUCAUGAAGACUGAUUGGUGUGGUUUCAGUUUUGGAGGAAAUGGCUUGUUUGCUCAGGCUUUAAAUUUUAGCUAACCAUUUGCUAGCUGUUUAUACCAGACCAAAAAACGUGGCAGAGAAAACCGUGAACCGAACUAAGUAAGGGUGAGUAGUACCGCUCGCCAAGAAAGGAGGAAAAAUCUAAAACCUGUUGCUGUGUCAUCAAGCUAAUGAGUUGUCAUGUUUAGUAACUAAACCUUAAAAAAGAAAAGGAUAUUAGCAUUCCAGUCUGGGUAAUUUUGCUAAUACGUUUCUGGAUGAUAAUAAUAAUAAUAAUUUUUUUAAAAAAAAGACCAAUACAACACUUGCAGUGCGUGAAGUUUCUUAAAAAAUACUGUGAUUGAAAACAUUUAAAGCUCUUCAAACUAUAAUUUCUUUUCUUCUGUUUGCUAUUUAAGAAAAAAAUAUUUCCUUCAAAUUAUGUCUUUGAGAGACAAAUUGCCACUUGUUUGAUUUUCUAACUGACCUCUUUUUUUUUUCUUCUUCUUCUUUUUUGUCAAAUACUAAGAUACUUCUUGGGAGAAAAACAUGCCAUGUUUUUGCUGAUGUUAGCUUCUGUAGGUAACUCGGUUAAUAAGACAUUGUGAAUGCCAAGUCUUACCAAAAAGGCUGGAUGAAUAAUGACUCUUACAAUGUACACUCCAAUAAAAGGUUGAUAUAUA